CCAGGCUCCGUGCAGUAUUAUCAAAGAAUGAGGUUGGGCCCCCAUGGUGUGUUCUGUGUUCCUGGCCUACCAUAAUGCUGUCGUCUCCUGAUCAAAUCACAGCCCAGAGCUUCUAUAGCCAAGAGACUUAAAUUGGGGGUGUAGCAGUUUGCAGCCACUGUAGCAGCAUCCAUUUAGUCUUUAGGCAGAAGAUAAAAUGUGUAAUCUCUGCAGAAAUUAUGAUAGCUUUUAGAGCUUGAAAUAGCCUUAGACAGCUCCCUGUGACUAUUAAUUUGAACUGAGGCAUAAGGCCUUGCCAAUAUCUGACUGCCAGGAACAGCACAGGGUAACUAUAUUUCUCUUCUGUGUUUUAGUUUGUAUUUCAAAACACAAGUUGUCAUUGUACCAUCAGCUUUUCUUCGUGUGUUUUUUACUAUACUCCUUUACCUUUGUAGUAGUAGUUAGGUGCUUGGUUCUAGAUACUUAGGCCAUUUGAUACUGUGAUAUUAAGAGAUAUUAGAAAAAAGGUCAUCAGCUCUUUUUCUGGGCUAUUCUGGGUGUUCUGUACUAUAUUUAUUUUGAAUUUAGCUUUUCUUAUGUUUAUUCCUCCCCCUUUCCUUGGCCGGUCAUCUUGCUUGGAAGAUUUUCGGCAGAACUGCGGUUGGAUAACUGUUUUGGUCAACAAAUAAGCAUUAUCUCAACCUUGGGAGAGACUUGAGAAGAUACAGGAUGGAACUCUCUGUUAAAGCACAGGACUUCCACUUCUAAUGCCUGGAACUUCUGGAGCAGGGAAGCUGGCUUCCAGUUCAUUGGUACCCGGGAGUUCUUUCCCGAUUGAGGAGAUCUAGGUUGGAAUUUGCCAUUGAAAUAUAAGAAAAUGAUGAGUGAUGCAAGUGACAUGUUGGCUGCAGCGUUGGAACAGAUGGACGGUAUUAUAGCAGGUUCUAAGGCCCUGGAAUAUUCUAAUGGGAUUUUUGAUUGCCAGUCUCCCACCUCCCCAUUCAUGGGAAGCUUGCGAGCACUGCACCUUGUGGAGGACCUGCGUGGAUUGUUGGAGAUGAUGGAAACAGAUGAGAAAGAAGGCUUGAGGUGCCAGAUUCCAGAUUCAACAGCAGAAACGCUGAUGGAAUGGCUUCAGAGCCAAAUGACAAAUGGACACCUACCUGGUAAUGGAGAUGUGUAUCAAGAAAGGCUAGCACGUUUAGAAAAUGAUAAAGAAUCCCUUGUUCUUCAGGUAAGUGUGUUAACAGACCAGGUAGAGGCUCAGGGAGAGAAGAUUCGAGACUUGGAGUUUUGUCUUGAAGAGCACAGAGAGAAGCUGAAUGCCACAGAAGAAAUGCUGCAGCAGGAGCUUUUGAGCAGGACAUCUUUAGAAACUCAGAAGUUGGACCUGAUGGCUGAAAUAUCUAACUUGAAGUUAAAACUUACUGCUGUAGAGAAGGACAGAUUGGAUUAUGAAGAUAAGUUCAGAGACACUGAGGGGCUCAUGCAGGAAAUCAAUGAUCUGAGGCUGAGAGUCAGCGAAAUGGACAGUGAAAGACUUCAGUAUGAAAAAAAGCUUAAAUCAACCAAAGAUGAAUUGGCAUCUCUGAAAGAACAACUGGCAGAGAAGGAAUCUGAAGUAAAAAGGCUCCAAGAAAAAUUGGUUUGCAAGAUGAAAGGAGAAGGGAUCGAAAUUCUUGAUAGAGAUGAAAAUUUUAAAAAGAAGCUGAAAGAAAAAAAUAUUGAAGUACAAAAAAUGAAAAAAGCUAUGGAGUCUUUGAUGGCAGCAAAUGAAGAAAAGGAUCGGAAAAUAGAAGAUCUUCGACAGUGCCUGAACAGGUACAAGAAAAUGCAAGACACAGCCGUACUGGCUCAAGGCAAAGAUGGUGAAUAUGAAGAUCUGCCCAAUUCUAGUUCCAUCUCCACUUUGUUGGAUGCUCAGAGCUUUAGUGAUCUGGAGAAAAGCCCAUCACCUACUCCAGUAAUGGGAUCUCCUAGUCAUGGCCCAUUUAAUGCAAGUGUUCCAGAAGAGUUCCACACCAGCAUCUUACAAGUUUCGAUCUCUUCAUUGCUGCCAGCAUCUAAAGCCUUGGAAACUUCUGAAAAAGCAAAAUUGCCUCCUAAACUAGAGACUUCAUUUGAAGAGAAUGAUGGAAAAAUAAUCCCUGGCACUGCUGUUGAACCCCAACUGUGUGACAGUUCUUUAACUUCAAGUCUACAAAAGUCCAGCAGCCUGGGCAAUCUAAAGAAGGAGACAUCAGAUGGGGAAAAAGAGUCUAUUCAGAAGCCAUCAGAGAAUAAAGCUCCAGGAGAAAGCAACACGUUAAGGAGCCUGCCUCCCAAAGCUCCAGGACAUGAUGCCUCCGUGGAUGAUAACCCAUUCGGCACUCGAAAAGCCAGAUCUUCCUUUGGCCGGGGCUUUUUUAAAAUAAAAAGUAACAAGAGGACGGCAAGUGCACCAAACUUGGAUCGUAAACGAAGUGCCAGUGCACCCACCUUAGCUGAAACAGAAAAGGAGACGACAGAGCACCUAGAUCUGGCUGGCAUAUCUUCUCAGCCAAAAGAUUCACAGGGCACCAGUCCCUUCCAGAUAUCUCCAGCAUCUCCAGAUUCCAAAAAGAAAUCCAGAGGUAUCAUGAAACUCUUUGGAAGACUUAGAAGAAGUCAGUCAACCACAUUCAAUCCAGAUGACAUGUCUGAACCUGAAUUUAAGAGAGGAGGCACAAGAGCAACUGCAGGGCCUCGGUUGGGUUGGUCUCGAGAUUUGGGACAAACUAACAGUGACUUGGAUAUGCCAUUUGCCAAAUGGACCAAGGAACAGGUUUGCAAUUGGCUCGUGGAACAGGGCUUGGGGUCCUACCUGAAUUCUGGCAAGCACUGGAUUGCAUCUGGUCAAACACUUUUGCAGGCUUCUCAGCAAGAUCUAGAGAAGGAACUUGGAAUCAAGCAUUCACUUCAUCGAAAGAAACUCCAGCUGGCACUACAAGCCUUGGGCUCUGAAGAAGAAACAAAUCAUGGAAAGCUGGAUUUCAACUGGGUCACUAGAUGGUUGGAUGAUAUUGGUCUACCCCAGUAUAAGACUCAGUUUGAUGAAGGACGGGUAGAUGGCCGAAUGCUGCAUUACAUGACUGUCGAUGACUUACUGUCUUUGAAGGUCGUGAGUGUGCUACACCAUCUUAGCAUCAAAAGGGCAAUCCAGGUCCUGAGGAUAAACAACUUUGAGCCAAAUUGUCUACGGAGACGGCCGUCUGAUGAGAAUAGCAUCGCCCCUUCUGAGGUUCAGCAGUGGACCAAUCAUCGUGUGAUGGAGUGGCUGCGCUCAGUGGACCUGGCAGAAUAUGCCCCCAAUCUAAGAGGGAGUGGUGUCCAUGGUGGGCUCAUGGUUCUAGAACCUCGUUUUAAUGUAGAAACAAUGGCUCAGCUAUUGAACAUCCCACCAAAUAAGACCUUGUUGCGAAGACAUUUGGCCACUCACUUCAACCUUCUGAUCGGUGCAGAGGCCCAACACCAGAAGCGUGAUGCCAUGGAAUUACCAGAUUAUGUCCUUCUAACAGCUACUGCCAAAGUGAAGCCAAAAAAACUAACCUUCAGCAAUUUUGGGAAUCUGAGAAAGAAGAAACAGGAAGAUGGGGAAGAGUAUGUUUGUCCAAUGGAACUGGGACAGACAUCAGGAAGUGCAUCUAAGAAAGGGUUUAAACCAGGGUUGGACAUGCGCCUGUAUGACGACGAUGAUUUGGACCGGUUAGAGCAGAUGGAAGAUUCAGAAGGGACAGUGAGACAGAUAGGCGCAUUCUCUGAAGGCAUCAACAAUCUAACACACAUGUUAAAGGAAGAUGACAUGUUUAAAGAUUUUGCUGCCCGUUCUCCUAGUGCCAGCAUUACAGAUGAAGACUCAAACGUUUGACCACAGCACCUGAUGAGCACUAGGAGUCCCUAGUCUUUUUUCUGUAUUAUUUCUCCAACACUCACAGUAUAUACGGCGAGCAACAGAUUGUAUAUCAUUUGUAGUUCCAAUUUCUCAUUUAGAAGUGGAAAUGGACAGCAGGGGGAACAGGCCUAUUCUAAAGCUGCCAUGAAAAAUGAGACACUGGUAAAUGAGAGUAUUACUCUAUUUAAUGUAAAAAUCUGUGAUAUAUUUAAAGUGUUGCAUUUAAGAUGAGUAUUUGACUGUAGCGUUUCCACUCACUUUCACAGUAUGGAGGAUUUUGGGAGCAGCAACCAGUAUGUGAAAUGAUUUUGUCCCAUCAGUAUUCACAGCAACCGUCUAAGCUGGACAUUAUGUGUGUGCUCUCAAAAUUUCCUUAAGCAUUCAGUGUACCCACCAAAUGCCAGCCACGCCUCCAUAUGCCUCUUGUCUUAUUUUUAUAUAUUUUUCUAAAUAUGUGUAUAUAUACAGUACAUAGAAAAUUGAACUUUUAUUUUGUGACAUAAGGAAGACAUUUCUGAUUUAGAAAACAAUAACACAAGUUCUUUAUGAUUCACAAACUCCCAUAAAUUCGUUUGGGUGGGGUAUACAGUAUAUAUGAACAGAUAGAAAUUUGAAAAAGAUCACAUUUUUCAUAUACCAGCUGGUUCCUGGAGAGGUCAAGAUGAUCUUUUUUUUCUCCACAACUGAAUUUUAACAAUGUUGAUCAUUUACACUAAAUCAGUGUAUAUAAAAUUCCCCUUCUUUGAUAACACACCUCAAAAUAGUUAAAUUUUUUUUUUUUUUUAAAAAUUUCAACCUUAAUCUUGAAUCCUUUUACCUCAUAAGGAAGAACUCCAGGGACAAUGAAAUACUAUUAAUUAAAAUGCAUUCAGAAGUCCCAAUAGAAUUGGUAGAAAUAAUUUCUAAAGAAAGCAAAAACAAAACAAAAAUCUUUGCAGUAUUAAGCUUAUUUUCCUUUUUGUUAAAUACAUUAUAUCAAAAUGCUAACAGCUGCCUCAAUAUGUUUUUAAUUGUAAAUUUCUCAGACUAUGAAUGAAUGGGGCUUUUAAAGGUGAAUAUUUGUCUGGAUAUUCUGUCUCAAUGUAAGUUUGCUGCAAAGUGGUUUUAUGGUGGCUAUUUUGUUAGGAUAAAAUAUAGCUUAUGUUUUUCCACAGCACGGGGCUGAAAUACUCUUUAUGAAGAACAUAAAAGGCUGUAGCAAAAACCGUUACUGUGUUUAUUAUUUUUAGAGAUAUUAGAACAAUAUUUUAUCUUUUAUUCAGUACUACAUGAUUACUCAUGGUAGCCAACCGUGGAAAUGACAGGUUUUCACAAAUUGGAGUGGGGCUGGGCAGUUCAAUAAAUGCUUGGUUAUAAAUUGCAUUUGAUUGUCAGUGGUAUGGUUCUUUUAAGUCGUCACCAGGUUACUAAUCUGUUUGGCAGAGAGCUCAUAAUACUAGAUUACUAUUUAUUCAUAACUAAAAUGAUUUGAUGUUAAUGACUAUUUGCUUCGAACCCUGCCACUCACUGCCUUGGAAGUAAGGCCUGGUGAUCUGCUUCAGAAAGGUCACAGCCUUGAAAACCCUAUGGAGUGCAGUUCUACUCACACAGAUGGGGUCGCCAUGAGUUGAAAUUGAUUCAGCAGUAACUAACAACCAACGGUAUUGGGAACUUACUGUAUUUGUAUUUUAUUUUAAUGUGAAUACUUGUCACAAUUUGAAAAAUGCAAUUUGUUAUCAGAACCUGGUAAAAAAUAUCAGGAGACUGUUAAUAGAUGCCAAAUAUUCUUUAUUCAGGACAAUGUAACAUAAUGAUAUGUGAUAAGGUUAAAAAGAUUCUGAUGAUAUAUUUUAUUUACAAAAUAUUAUACACUGCUGAUAUUAUUAUAUGGAAGGAAAUAAAAUCAACUGAAAAUUGCCUCA